AUGGCGGCGGAUCAUCAUGAGGGUUUUGUGAAGAAAAUAACCUCAGUGGAUCACUGGAUGCAUUGGGUAGGUCUAAUCGUGCUAUCGGUUUGCUUUGGGAUCGUCCCACCUCUGGUGAUAUAUUACCUUGGGGGAUUGAAUCAUCAUCAUCAGUUGAUCAACAGCAAAGGCGAGAUUAAUGUUGGAUAUCAAAGGAUGAACAAUUUAUACCACACUGCGACAUCGAACCUAAUCAAUUUCACUGACGACUAUGGAGAUCAGAAGAAACCAACCCAGAAGAAGAUUAACCCUAACAGCAACACGGUAACGGCGGUGCCGGAGGCGGAGGAGGAUCUAGGAAACGGCGACAUCGCGUUAUAUUGGUUCGGUUCGGUUAUGGUAUUACUAACUGCCACAGUGCUAGCUCCUAUGAUAUAUUACCUAGCCGGUGUAGGCCGUACCCUCGACAAGAUUCGUCGUCUCGAAUUCGUUAGUCCGGAGGAUCUGCAUGAAUUUCAACGAAAUAAUGGUGUGUUCUAUGGCGCUGUGGGAGGUCAGAUCGGGCUUUCGAUGUGGUUUGUUGGCUACCAUCUUCUUUUUAUGAGAGAGUUGGAUGCUUACAUUGUUUGCGGUUGGUAUGAACAAAUAUGUCAUCUCUGGAAGUUGAUGACUCGGAGGAGUUCAAAAUCUGUCCAAGAGGAGAAGACCGAUCAAUCUGAUCAGAACGGCUCGGUGGAUUCCAUUGUCAUAAACAUCAAUGAUUCAUGAGGUUAUAAAUUAGGUUCUUCAUGUAAUUCGUAAAUUAAUUAGUUAGUUCAUUGAUCAUGUGCCUCUUCUUCAUGUAAAUAUUAGACAAUUU